AUGGGCUCCAUGGCGCCUUCAUUAUUUUCCUCCUUGCCCGAGGUCGCGAAAGAUGAAGUCUUCAGUUUGAUGGCGGCUUACAGCUCGGAUACCGACCCAAAUAAGGUAAAUCUUGGCGCAGGGGUAUAUCGCUGUGAUGAGGGCAAAUCCUGGCCACUGAAGGUAGUUGGCCAGGUGGAAAAGAGCUUACACGAGCUGCAAGAUAUUAGUCGCCAUGACUAUCUGGCUAUCGAGGGAGACCCACGAUUCUUGCGCGUCGCUCGGAAUCUGCUUUUCUCCUCGGCCUUCGAGUCCGCAGACGGACUCCAGCAAUCAACAGAAUCCCGGGUUGUUUCCGUACAGUCAAUUUCGGGUACAGGAGCCAACCAUGUCGGUGCUCGCUUUCUAGCUGAGAACCUACGACCGCGUCGAGUAUGGUUGUCAGAUCCAACUUGGGCCAAUCACCAUGCGAUAUGGGAAUCUGUGGGCGUUGCGGUACAUACGUAUCCAUACUACAACCAGGAGAGCCGAGCACUUGACUUUACUGCUAUGAUGGCCACUUUGGAACAGGAGGCCGCCUCCGAAGAUGUUAUCCUUCUGCAUGCUUGCGCCCACAAUCCUACAGGUAUCGAUCCAUCACGAGAACAAUGGGCUGCAAUUGCAGAACUAUGUCAACGAAAGCAACUAUUUCCUUUCUUCGAUAGUGCUUAUCAAGGUUUCGCAUCUGGAAGUCCAGCUCAGGAUGCAUGGGCUGUGUGUCACUUUUAUGGACUACAACCACGUCUGGAAAUGUGUGUUGCUCAAUCGUUCUCGAAGAAUUUUGGCCUCUAUGGGCAAAGAGCAGGAGCCUUUCAUUUAGUGAUGAACGACCCUUGCCCCUACGCCAGAGAUAGAGUUCUUUCCAACUUGUCACAGAUAAUACGGUCCGAAUACUCGGUUUCACCAAGAUAUGGCUCUACCAUCAUCAGAACGAUUCUCGACAACAAAACGCUGUCGGAAGAAUGGUUAGCCGACUUGCAGACUAUCAGCGGUCGAAUAAAAGCGAUGAGAGCUGCACUCUAUGACGAGCUUUGCCGUCUGCGUACUCCCGGUUCAUGGGUUCAUGUACUAGAACAGAUUGGCAUGUUCUCAUACACGGGCCUUACUCCCAGCGAAGUCGAAAUACUUCGAGAAAAAUUCCACAUUUAUAUGCUGUCUUCAGGACGGAUUUCAGUCGCCGGGUUGAACUCGACAAACGUCCAAUAUGUUGCAGCUGCUAUCCAUGCUGUGAGAGCAAAUGAGAGCUAUAGCUAG